AUGGGGAAGCAAGGAUCCCCUAGAAGUCCACGUCCCGACGUGGUGAAUGUGAAAGAUUAUCAGAAAAGAAGUUCAGAAUGUUUGCCUGGUAGUGAUCCUAUCCUUGGGAGGAGAUUGUCAGGAGGGGAUAGUAAUUGGAAAACAAAAGUUGUAUUGCUUCAUGACUUGAAAACUGAGUAUGGGAAGCUUGGUUCUUGCAAGGCAGUUUAUGUUGGGAAAAGGCACUUGUGGUUCCGAAAGCAUGUUAAGUCAAUUGCUUUUAUGUUUGCUUUGAUGGGGUCUCUUUUCCUGCUUGAUUCUUUCAUGGUGUCACUUUUUGAUUCAAUAAAUCUGCAAAAUAGUUCACCCUCACGUACAUCAAGUGGUCUUAAGGGGGAUAGACAUAGAACUGCCUAUGUUAAAGAAGAAGAACCACCAGUCCAGAUGUAUGGUCGGCUUCAAAACUUGGCUUACAGUGCUCUUGCAGAGAAAGAGUUCGUGCAAGACACCUCGAAUUUCUGGGAGGAACCACGGAGGGCAUCUUUAUGGAAACCUUGUGCCGAUAGAAAAGAUUCAGAAAAAUUAGGGCAACAUGACAAAAACAAUGGGUACCUAAUGGUCAGUGCAAAUGGUGGUCUCAAUCAACAAAGAGUAGCUAUAUGCAAUGCCGUUGCCUUGGCAUCUUUACUUGAUGCAACCCUAAUUCUUCCCAGAUUUCUUUACAGCAAUGUAUGGAAGGAUCCGAGCCAAUUCGGUGACAUCUAUCAAGAGGAGUAUUUUAUGAAUGUCAUGAAGGAUGAAGUGAAUAUCGUAAAAGAGCUUCCUUCUCAUUUGAAGUCAUUAGAUAUUGAAGCAAUCGGUAGCCUAAUUACUGAUGCAGACAUUGUGAAGGAGGCAAAGCCCUUUGAUUACCUUACAAAAGUACUUCCUCUCCUGCUGCGGAAUGGAGUUGUUCACUUUCUUGGAUUUGGAAAUCGACUUGGAUUUGAUCCAUUGCCUAAUAGACUUCAGAAAUUAAGGUGCAAAUGUAACUUCCAUGCAUUGAAGUUUGUGCCAAAAAUUCAAGAAGCUGGUUCAUUGUUGAUCAGAAGGAUAAGGAAGUACGAUACUGCACAGAGUAUGUUGGAUAAACAACUUGUCGGAGAGUUUUUGUCUGGCAGUCCCUCAAAAAAACAUGAUUCAGCAAGAGGAUCAUCCAAAUAUCUUGCUUUACACCUGAGGUUUGAAGUGGAUAUGAUUGCCUACUCCUUGUGUGAUUUUGGAGGAGGGGAAAAGGAGAGAAGGGAACUCCAGGCUUACAGAGAGAGUCAUUUCCCUCUGCUUAUGGAACGCUUGAAACACUCCACGCCUAUCUCUUCAUCAGAGUGGAGAAACUUAGGGAGAUGUCCAUUAACACCUGAAGAAGCUGCGCUUGUACUUGCUGGUCUUGGAUUCAAACGUGGAACUUACAUUUAUCUCGCUAGUUCUCAUAUAUAUGGGGGAAAAUCUAGGAUGCAUUCAUUCACAAGCCUCUAUCCCAACUUAGUCACAAAGGAAACGCUCCUGACACCCAGUGAGCUUGCACCUUUUAGGAAUUUCUCUUCGCAGCUAGCAGCAUUGGAUUUUAUUGCCUGUGCAACUGCAGAUGUCUUUUCCAUGACUGAUUCUGGGAGCCAACUCGCAUCCCUAGUGUCUGGAUUCCGCACUUACUAUGGCGGUGGCCAUGCUCCUACGCUGCGGCCUAACAAGAAGAGGCUAGCGAAAAUUUUGUCAGAGAAUAGCACCAUAGGUUGGAAUAGUUUUGAAGAUAGAGUAAGAAAGAUGAUCGAGGAAGGUCAGAGUGUUCGCAUACGGGGUUUUGGUCGAAGCAUUUACAGACAACCAAGGAGCCCAGGAUGCAUGUGUAAAACCCACUAG